UACCACCGCUUCACUAUGUCAGGUCUUGCGGCUUUGUAUACUUCUACUUUCGCACCAGGUUUCAGCAAUAAUGAGCGGCAAGCUGCUGCACGAGCUCUGCUUAGGCACGAUGCUCAUAUCGACGGUACCCACUACCAGACGAGGAGAGCGGGGGGUCUUCACCCAUCCUACCUCGGCUUCAAUCAGCCAACUGACGUGAACGAGGCAGAGCGGACCCUGACUCACAGCGAGCUGGGCGAGGCAGCCCUCCAGGAUGUCUUUGAUGCGAUCACUAUGCAAGACCGUCUUGAUGGUGGAAUAUCAAUUCUGAUUCGAUGCGCUGGCAGUGAAGCGACUCCGAAUAUCUCGCCCGAACAAUUUCCCAUCGAUGUCUAUAUCACGCCCCGCGAGCUGCAAGAAUCACAGCAGAGAAUUGGCGGAGAUGUUGCUGUCUUG